UUUCUACAAUAGGAGGAUAAUACACAGGGAGGGGCUAUGGGAACAGAAUUCCCAUCCAAGCUGUACUUUGAAGCCUGCCCUCCUUACUGCUCUGUAUCUUAUCCCUCCUCCCUCUCUCUCUCCCUCUCUCUCUUUCUAUAGCUCUGUAACUUUGCUUGUUCUGCACAUAGCCUCGAUAUGUCUUUCUGGUGGAUUUAUACUGCCCUGGUCACUCUCUGUACCCUAUUUUAUACCCAGGCUCUGAGGACAUACCCAUCAAAUGAAGUAAUGACGUCUGAUGCACAGCACCCCUGUGUUCUUACAUCAUGUACAGUAACCUUGCUUGACUCUAUGUCGGCGCUUGGAGACCUGGGAUGGGUGGCGUAUCCACCAGAAGGGUGGGAAGAAAUCAGUGUAAUGGAUGAAAGAAACACCCCUAUGAGAACUUACCAAGUUUGUAACGUUCUAGAGGUAAACCAAAAUAAUUGGCUGAGGACCAGCUGGAUCCCCAGAGGAGGGGCCCAACGGGUAUAUAUUGAGAUCAAGUUUACCCUCCGAGACUGUAACAGUCUACCAGGCGUAUCAGGCACAUGCAAGGAGACCUUCAACAUGUACUACUACGAGUCCAACAACAGCAAUCUAUGGCACAUUCAUGAGAACCAGUUCAUUAAGAUCGACACUAUCGCUGCAGAUGAGAGUUUCACCCAGGUGGAUGUUGGUGAUAGAGUCAUGAAGCUGAAUACAGAAGUAAGAGACAUAAGCAACUUGUACAAGAAAGGUUUCUACUUGGCUUUCCAAGACGUUGGAGCAUGUAUUGCUCUGGUCUCAGUCCGGGUCUUUUACAAAAAGUGUCCGAUGACCAUCCGUAAUUUGGCCCUGUUCCCUGACACUGUCACUGGAGGGGACUCGGCCUUGGUGGAAGUUAAGGGAUCGUGUGUUAAUAACUCAGUGGAGUUUGAUGCGCCUAAAAUGUACUGUAGCGCUGAUGGAGGAUGGCUGGUACCUAUCGGUCGCUGCUCCUGCAAGCCAGGCUAUGAAGAAAAGAGGAAUGCAUGCCAACCCUGCCGUCCAGGGUUUUACAAAGCUUUGCUUACUGACUCCUACUGCACCAAGUGCCCGCCGCACAGCUUCUCCGUGCAGGACAGCUCCGCCGAGUGCACAUGCGAGAAGGGCUUCCACAGGGCAGAGUCUGACCCCAAGUCUACAUCCUGUACACGUCCUCCAUCUGCUCCAUAUAAUGCAAUUCCCACCGUCAAUGAGACAUCUGUCAUUAUGGAGUGGAGCCCCCCUGAGGACUCCGGAGGCCGAAUGGACGUCACAUAUAACAUUCACUGCCGAAGGUGCCUAAUGGAAGGGCAGAAAUGCAGCCCGUGUGGAAGCGGGAUCCAUUAUAUUCCCCGGCAGUUCGGUUUGUCCCACCCUCGUGUGCUCAUCACAGAUCUGCUUCCUUACACCAACUACACUUUUGACAUUGAGGCUCUGAACGGUGUGUCUGAGCGCAGCUCUGGCCCCAAGCAAUUUAUUUCUGUCAAUAUUACUACAAGUCAAGUAGUAAAUGUAAUUCUGAAAGAACGAAAGAGCAAAGACAGCGUCACGUUGGCUUUUCAAGGACCAGAAAAGACUAAUGAUGCAGUGGUGGAAUAUGAAGUAAUUUACUAUGAAAAGAAUCAAAAGGAUCAAAACUACACAAUACUGAAGACGAAAUCUACCUUCAUGACUGUGGAUGGUCUAAAACCUGGAACCACCUAUGUUUUCAGAGUCCGAGCUCACACAGUGGGUGGACAAGGAAUUUAUGGUGGUGAGAUAGAGUUAGAGACCAGCACAGAAGAUAUGAUUGCCAUCACUGAUCCCAAUCAAAUUACUAUUUUGGCUAUCUCUGUGGCUGGUGGGAUCAUUCUUCUCAUUUUCCUGGUGACCUGCUUCUUUGUCAGCGGAAGACACUGUGGCUAUAUCAAAGCAAAGCAAGACCCGGAUGAAGACAAGAUGCACUUUCAGCAUGGAAGAGUGAAGCUGCCGGGGAGUAGAACCUAUAUCCACCCGCACACAUACGAGGAUCCCAACCAGGCUGUACGGGACUUUGCUAAAGAGAUUGAUGUCUCCAAUAUCCGCAUAGAGAGGGUGAUAGGAGCAGGGGAGUUUGGUGAGGUGUGCAGUGGACGUCUGAAACUCCCCAGCAAGAGGGAGAUUUAUGUGGCUAUCAAGAGUCUAAAAGUUGGGUAUGCUGAGAAGCAGAGGAGAGACUUCCUAGGAGAAGCCAGUAUUAUGGGACAAUUUGACCAUCCCAAUAUCAUACGACUGGAGGGAGUGGUCACCAAAUGCAAGCCGGUCAUGAUAAUUACAGAGUAUAUGGAGAAUGGGUCCUUGGAUUCCUUUUUAAAGAAACAUGAUGGCCAGUUCACUGUGAUACAGUUAGUGGGGAUGCUGAGAGGUAUAGCGUCUGGGAUGAAAUACUUAUCAGACAUGAACUAUGUCCACCGAGAUCUGGCUGCCAGAAAUAUCUUGGUCAACAGCAACUUGGUUUGUAAAGUAUCAGACUUUGGCCUCUCUCGGGUUCUUGAGGAUGACCCUGAAGCAGCUUAUACCACAAGGGGAGGUAAAAUUCCAAUCCGGUGGACAGCACCAGAGGCCAUAGCCUACCGCAAGUUUACAUCAGCAAGUGACGUGUGGAGUUAUGGUAUCGUGAUGUGGGAAGUGAUCUCGUAUGGAGAGAGGCCUUACUGGGAAAUGUCUAACCAAGAUGUAAUUAAAGCAAUAGACGAAGGGUACCGCCUGCCCCCUCCGAUGGACUGCCCUGUAGUGUUACAUCAGCUGAUGCUGGAUUGCUGGCAGAAGUGCAGAAGUGACCGGCCGAAGUUUGGGCAAAUUGUCAACAUUCUGGAUAAAUUUAUUCGCACCCCAAGCUGCCUGAAUGAACUCGCCAAUAGUUCUGCAUGGCAAGACCCAAGUACACAGGAUGCAUUCACAGUGACUAGCGUGGAAGAGUGGCUAGAGGCAAUUAAGAUGAGCCAGUACUUGGAACACUUCACAAUGGCAGGAUACGUCACCCUAGACUCAGUGUUGUACCUAACCAACAGCGAACUCUGCAAAAUCGGCAUCACGUUAGCUGGGCACCACAAAAAAAUCCUGUCCAGCAUACAAAACCUUCAGGCUCUAGGGACACAUGUACAAAUCUAAUAGCACCCCGGCGUUCACCAUGUCCUUGAAUUCUCUGCAGGGGAUGUGCUGUGCACUACUAGAAGCAGUAUAAUCCGAGUCGCGAUGUCGCAGUUGACCUUUCUGUAAUACAAGUACUGCUGGGAAUGUUACUCUCUUCCCAAAGUGUAUAAAGGGGAACACAGUCUGGAUUGCUAACUACGGUGCCUUUGAAUAGGUGGAUAGAGAAAUCAAACCUGAACACUCAAGCAACAUUACACAAUGUCAAGGCCUGUAAACCAAACGAUUGUUGAUAAUACAACAUAGUGGAACGUGUCCGUGUAAAAGACUGUGGCUUCAAGUGACACCAUAUUUGCCACGUUAUGGAAUGUGUUAAUAAACUGAGCAGUGGAUACUGUCUUUGACUUCCCACAUAGGGUGAAGGAAAGCGGAUCACAACUCUGGAAUGGAACCACACUCAGUCUGGAGCUACUGCACACCUGAUAGGGGGUGAUGUGUCUUUUCUACAAGCAGGUCACAGAACGGUCACUUCUCACAUUAUUUAACAUGCCACCCACAAGAUAUUAUUAUUUGUAGCAACCAACUCAACCUCCUCUUCUGAAAUGCUUUAGAAUGCAUCCUAUCCCUGCCUAUUUCUGAUUAACAAUGCAUAGAUCUUGAUUGUGUAUCUGCAGUCUGUAGCCAUCACUCGAGUGCUCUGUCACACCGCAUUGUCAAGAAACUCAAUAAAAUCCAUGUAGCGUUUGUGCUGCUUUGAUAGUCGUGUCUUUCAAUAAAGGAGGCGCAGAACACGUGAUAGGAGGUUCUCUUAUUUAAAGCAUUUGUGCAAGGUUCUGGUUAUCAAGCUCAAGGAUAUCGUAGCUCCUUAUGAAGUCUAUGUGCUUCAUUGUCUGAGGUUCAAUGCUCACAAGUGGUUCAAUUUUAUACCCACUCGCACAGAUGUGGAAUUCAUCCCAUUCAAUGUUCAUUUCUUCCCAUCUGCAGAGGCUGCGCCCGUGCCGCGGAAAUGUUUCCACUUUACCAUUGCAGCAAAGUGACUCUUUUUUUUCUUUUUUUUAAUGGCAAUGAUUUCUGGGUGUAUGUGUGCGUGAACAAUUGCAUAUUCUGUGCACCAGCUGCAAUGACAUUGUGUUUGUGACUCCAUCUUGUUAAUAAAAAGAGAUGCCCAUUUGUACAUAGAUUUACUGUAGUACAAGCCUGUAAAGCAAACACAUUGUAGCACAGCUCUCCUUUGUUGGGUGUGUACACAAUGCUGUUUUCAUUUUGUGUGCCAUAAAUAAAUGUUUGCCCCUUUUAACUGUGAAGGAGACGACGGUAAUGGAAAUGUGUAAUGCAGGUUGCAGUCUUUCCUCCAGCAAAUAGCGCGUCUGGUUCUGUGCCAAGCUUCUUACACUGCUAGAGGAACGGAAAGUACCGUGUAUAGAGAACCCGAAUGUUCACCUGGCCCUAUACAACAACUUGUAUAAAACACGACAUUGUACUGAUGUGAGAUUUUUUUAUAUAUAUAUAUCUCUAUAUAUUGUAUAUAUGUAUAUAUCUUUCUUUUUGAAUGUUAAUAAACCAACAGAACCAUACAACACAAUAAAGGCGGUUUAAUUAUUUAUG